UUCGCCCGCGAAGGUCCUCGCGAAAAAAUGAUUAGAAGAUGGUCAUGGGGUUGAAAGUACGGUGAUGAAGUACACGUUUUUCUUUUUCCUUCUCUCUUUUCUUCGUAGUAGUGGAUGGUGCCGUGCUUUAGGUUCUGCUUGUCCUGAAGAAACAUGUACCCUGGCUAACCGAGAAUCGUGUAGUUUGGGUUCAAUUCAAUGUGGCAGUUGCCUCCAAGGAUUUUUUGAAGUUGAGGGAGCAUGCCUACCCAUUGAAUCGAGUCCCAACGACGAUGACWCUUGGGAGACCGAGUUAGAAGGAACCGAUGGGAGCGAUUUAAACGUUUUAUUCGACGCAACACAGGCUCCGUCGACUGAAAAACAAACAGAAAAACAACWCAACUCGCCAGAUUCUUCCCCUGAUUCGAUUGAUUUUACAACUCCUUCUGCGCCAGCAACUGCAGYRGAGGAAAAUUCAAAUAAUUUACACAAUAAAAACUAUGAUUUAGWAGGAAAAGUAGCGGCGAAAGACGCCGAAUCGUCAGAACAUGGAACAGAACACGACUCGAAGMAAAAUGGAGCGAAAAAAAUCCAGUCUUCAAAUGAUUUUAAAUCCAAAUCCAAAGAAUUAAAAAAUAAAGAGGACGCCAAUCGGAAACGAAAACUUCUAUUGAAAAAGCAAGACAAAAAUUUACAGAAAAAGMAUAAGGAAAUGGAUGAAGAAAAGUUGAACAAAUUUCUCUCGAAGAAAGACAGCAGCGACAAAGUUAUGUCCUCAGAGGACGGAGUGAAUUUGGAAGGGAAUUCCAGCUCUAAUCCACCUCCGUUCAUAAGAAAGCAUAAAAUUGGAAAAGGGGAAGAACCAAAAGCCUCGGAAAUGGACGACAUUUAUUUUCUGUUUAUAGUYAUUGGGUGCAGCGUGGCUGGUAUUGCAGGUCUUGGAUUGGCUGGCUACUGCUGGUAUAAACUUCAUACUACAGCUAAAGCUGUAAGUGAAUCAGAAUAUACAGGGUACGGUAUGAAGGGAUCCACAAAACGACCUCCAUCUUUACAUGGUGAUGACAAGUUAGACUACAAUGCUGAAAUGUACCAUUAUCAUCAAACUAAAAGUCAGUUGGCUGCUAUGGAAAAGUAA